AUGGAUGCCGAUGUCGAUGGGAUCGAUAUCGAUGAUGACGAUGAUGACGAUGCUGGUAUAUUCAGCAUCGCCAACGACUGCUACUUUGAGGAUGAUGACGCCCUCACUGGUGAAGACGAUGUUCUGUCGGCAGUGCACACGAAGCGCACUGCUGUUGACAAGGAUGAUUCAGCAGAGGACUUCUGCUGA